CGCCCUCGGCCUGCCCGCGCCCGCCCUCGUCCCGCGAUUUCCCGGGCAUUGGCCGCGCCGCUGGGAGAUCCCUCCGGGCUCAAGUUGCAAGGGGGCGGGCCCGGGCUGGAGGUGGAGUCUCCCGCCAAUUGAAGCCUUGGCUAUAAAUUGAGCUCCCUGCACGCCGAAGCCCAGAUGCCGCACCAGGCCGCCUCGCGGUUGGUGGUCGGAGAGGGCGACGGGUCCCAGGGGGCCUCGGGGCCCGCGGCCACCAUGCUCCGCUCCCUGCUGCUUCACUCCCUGAGGCUCUGCGCCCAGACGGCCUCGUGCCUCGUGCUCUUCCCGCGCUUCCUCGGCACGGCCUUCAUGCUCUGGCUGCUCGACUUCCUGUGCAUCCGCAAGCAUUUCCUGCGCCGCCGCGGCCUGGGGCAGCCCGAGCCCGAAGUGGAGCUCAACAGUGACGGUGAGGAGGUGCCCCCCGACGACCCGCCCAUCUGCGUAUCCGACGACAACCGGCUGUGCACCCUAGCGUCGCUCAGGGCGGUGUGGCACGGCCAGAAGUUGGAUUUCUUUAAGCAGGCGCACGAGGGCGGGCCGGCACCCAACUCCGAAGUGGUCCUGCCCGACGGCUUCCAGAGCCAGCACAUCCUGGACUACGAGCAAGGGAACCGCCCACUGGUGCUCAAUUUCGGCAGCUGCACCUGACCACCGUUCAUGGCGCGCAUGAGCGCCUUCCAGCGCCUGGUCACCAAGUACCAGCGCGACGUCGAUUUCCUCAUCAUCUACAUCGAGGAGGCCCACCCCUCCGACGGCUGGGUCACCACAGACUCCCCCUACGUCAUCCCCCAGCACCGGAGCCUGGAGGACCGGGUCAGCGCGGCUCGGGUACUCCAGCGAGGCGCGCCUGGCUGCGCUCUGGUCCUGGACACCAUGGCCAACUCCAGCAGCUCCGCCUAUGGCGCCUACUUCGAACGCCUCUAUGUCAUCCAGAGCGGUACCAUCGUGUACCAGGGCGGCCGAGGCCCAGAUGGCUACCAGGUCUCGGAGCUGCGCACCUGGCUGGAGCGCUAUGACGAGCAGCUGCACGGCCCUCGGCCAGGCCGGUUGUAAACAACGGAUGGACAGUUGCCUGAACUUGGUGGGCUGGGCCUCAGGGCUUUCGAAGCCCCCACCAGCCAACCUGGGCAUGCUGAGGCCCAGGGACACAGAUGCACUGAGCCAUAACUCUCCGGCUGGGUCUGGCACUCAGCUGCUAAAGACUAGCCACCCUGGGACUCUGUGACUCUCUCACUUCUACCUGCCUGGCUGGCUUGAAAUCCCCUUGGGAGCCCUGGGGCAGCGCGCACGCAGCCAUGCCUGUGAGCCUCCAGGCCUGGCUCCCGCGCCACCCUUGUACACCUGCUCUCCAGCGCGCCUCUAGCCAGCCCAGCGCGCGGUCCGCGCACCCGGAGAUGCAGACACCUUGGCCACGCCCGCGCGCCGGGAGCGCAGCUGGUUCCAGCAGCUCUAGGCUGCGCUAGUUGCCUGGCACCCACCUGUCGCGCGCAGGGAGCCCUGCUGCCUUUGUGUUUAUUUCUUGUCGGGGGGGGUGGGGGUCGGGAGGGAGAGGGUGGGCAGGGUAGUCUUCCCCCUUGUUUUCGGCACGCAGGAGCCCUUCUGCUGAUGACGAACCGUUUCUAACUGGUCUUGACCAUGAGCCGGUUCCGAAAUUGCAGGAGGGCUCCAAAUGGUGCCCGAAAGCCCGAGGGGUAAGAGUGCUCUGGACUUGGAGAGGAGCCUACGGUCAAGGAGGUGGGAGGGGAAGGGGAGGGCGUGGGAGGGAAUCGCUUCAGGACCAGGAGAAGGUGGUUUGAGAGGCGCGGGAGAGGUCCGAAGCCCCGGGGGAGAGAGAAGAGGCUAGGACUCCUCCUGGGGGAACGAGUUCGGGGGGGAAAGUCCGGAGAAAGAGAGAUGGGGGGACAGCCUGGGACCCCGAGGCCGGGGACUCCUGGGCAGAACCCCGGGUCCGCAGUGGAGCGCCCCUGAUUUCAAAGGCCGUUUGGCGAGUGUAUUGCUGGUAACAUUCCCUGUAUAUAAACUUCGUUUAAGCUACAAUAAUAAAGGCUUAAAGU